GACGAAGCCGACGGCGCGGCCGAGGCGCGCGCCGCGCGCGCCGCGGCGCGGGCGGGGCUUCGGGGACGACGCCAUGUCGGAGCAGUUCAAGGAGAUGACACAGGGGGGUCCAAGCACCGUGGCGGUGCUGGGCACGCGCUCCGUGCCCUACCUGCACCAGCCGGUGAUCGAGCUCUUGAGCUACGCCCUCGCGCUGAGCGGGAAUCACGUGGUCACCUCGGGGUCCCAGGGCACCAACGAGUGCGUGAUCCGUGGGGCGCUCAGGGCGCAGAAGCCAAAGCUGCUUACCGUGAUCCUCCCGCAAGGCUUCAAGAAGCAGGAGGAGGAUGUCCAGUCCCUGCUGUAUGCCUGCAUGGAGUCCGGAGCCAAUGUGAUCGAGGCGCCCGAGAACGACAGCAUGCCGCCACCGGAGGCCCUGGAGCUCUGUAACGCGCGGGUGCUGAACCGGGUGAAGAAGAUCAUCGUCUUCAGCUUCCACAACUCCAAGGCCCUGCUGAAGUGCGUGGAGGAGGCCAAAGAUCGGGGCCUCAUCACCACCGUGCUGUUCCUGGACUAGUCGCCACUGAGGCCACUGAGGCGUACUGAUCCCAGUGUCUGACGAGCACCUGGCACUCCACGUGAAAUCAUAGGCGGGUGGUGCCUCGAGAAAGGCACCACGAGUUGUUUGCUUCCUCUCACGGGCCACAAAUGGUGAUCGGGACUCGCGUGUUGA